AUGUGCCAUCACAUUCCCCUUUCCCCCGCCCACUCUGUGGACGAUGCGGUUGCCGACCUUGCCAUGUCCAGCACCGGUCUCCUCGACUCGUUUGUAGCAUAUCUGAGGAACGAGGAGACAUUGGAGCUGUCCAUCGACAGCGCUGACAGUAUGCAUCAAGCCGACUCUUCUCAGACCACCCCUCAUUCACACCUCUUGCUCCUUCCAGCGGGUCUCUCAUAUAGCGACUCACAGUCAUCAACGGAGCCGAUCCACAUGGAUGAGGACGUCGAAGGCCCUUGUUCAUAUGCACGUUCGCUGCUAGACUCAACAGUGUCGUCUCCAUCCACGCACCUCAGCGCUCCUCAGUCCAACUCCUCCUGCGGGUCUUUCUCCCAGCACCAGCCCUGCCCUCCUCCUUCGGACGUGUACAGCCAGCCAAGGAAGUCGCAGGACGAGCUGAAGAACUACUGCCGGCAGCUGGAGAAGGCGAUCUUCAACUCCAGCCAGUGGUCACCAGAGGAGGAGGCGAAGUUCCUAGAGGCCCUCGCCAUGUUCGCAGAUACCGACCGGCGGGUGCGACCGGACGGGAGGAGGUCGGUGGGACUUGGAAUGGGAGUAGCGGGGAAGAUUUCAGAGUACAUUGGGACGAGAUCAGAAGAGCAAGUUCGGUCGCACGCGCAGAAGCACUUCUUGCGGCAGGAGGGAAAGGGUUCGAGAUAA